UCACCAAAAAGAUAUUUCUACUUGAUGUGUUAAUAAUAGGAUUUUUUUUUAGUUACGCGUUGCUCCUCAGUGAAAAAGUGAACAUACGCUUGAAAAACAGGAAUUUUCUGAACAAUAUACUUUUUUGCAAAUAAAUCUACUAACACUUAAUUUUCUAUGUCUACAAAUGUAAACCUAUGCUGAAAAUGGGUUAACGGAUAAUAAACUAUUCUGAACACCUCGUUAAAGAAAUGAUCAUUUUCAAGACAGACUAAUUCAUUGAACUAGUGUUUUACUUUUCAGUUAAACAAUAAUGAGAAAUGGAAAUCAUUGUUUAAAAAGAUGGCAGACAAAUAUUAUAGAUUGGUUUGCUUUGUGGUAGAUAUUUGUGCUGAUGUUUUAAGGAAAUAUUUCGUCAAACUUGCAAAAACUGAUGCAGGGAACACUUAUACAUCAGUUAAUUCAUACCUAUCUCAUAGGAAGUCGGAUGUGAUGAAAUUAUUAAGUAAGAAAAAGAUCAGGAAUUAUCAGUAUGAUUUAUUGUAUCCUCAUAACGGCACCGCUGAUGAAAACCAAUGGGACGUCUCUAUACUGGUAACAUUGAUAACAGAACUUUUUGACAAACGACUACAGCCAACCGAAAUCUUCGCGUUGGAAACUGAAAUUCGAGGGAUUCGAAAUAAGUUGCAGCAUCACCCAAAUACUAAAAAUAUUUCAGAUGAUGACUUCAGUAAUUAUUGGGGACGUUUGGAUUUUUCUGUUAAGCUUUUAGCAAAGAAUGCACUCGAUCAAAAUGACGAAGCAUCCUUACUAUUGAAAAUAAACGACGUAGAAUGUAAUCAUUUACCAAAUCUCAGUGAUUGUUUACGUAUUUGGCAUGAAGAAACCUCUAAGCAGUUGUUAAGCAUUGUGAAUGAAGUGCAGGCAAAUACCGAUAUUAUCAGACAAGUGACGGUCCAGAAACCAGGACCUUCAGGGGCCAUAAAUAAACGAAUCAAAGUUGCUGAUGAUAUUCUGGCACGGCUUCAAGCGGGUUUUGAGACAACCAUGAAAGAACUACCAGGCGAUUUCAACCCUCCAAAUGAAGUGACAGAUAUUCGAGCUAAACUUAGAGAUUGCCAUCACGUGGUCGUAACCGGAUAUAACAAGAGUCGUUACUUUGAGACCGCUCUUGCAGCAAUAAAGGGGAUGGGCUAUAAUUACAAACGAAGUGUACAAAUGCUUACGUCGUCUGAUUGGCGGCACAUUGAUCCUGAAGAUGUAGACUUGGUUGUAUGUACAGAUCCAUUUGGAGGAUAUUCUUAUGAUGAAAUCAAAGCCCAAAGCCAUGAGUGAUAUAUUUGCAUGAUGAAUUCAACA